AUGUCACUUUCGCGAUACGCUGCAGGGGCACUGGAAAUCUUGACAGAAUCAGAAGUGCAGUUCCUUCGGGACCUGCCCAAAGCUGAGUUGCAUGCCCACCUCAACGGAUCGAUCCCCCUCGAUGUGCUACAAGAAAUGGCCCGAGAUUAUCUCUCGGCGAAUGCAGCUAGUGGCUCCACCGUGUCAGAAGCGGUCAAAAUGGGAGUUCAAAAUUUGACGCAAGGAGUGCAACUCAACGAAAUACACGAAUUCUUUGGCCUGUUCCCGGCGAUUUAUGCCUUGACAUCUUCUCCCGAACGCGUUGCAAAAGCUGCUCGAGCCGUUCUGCAUUCAUUUCUGGACGACCCGAUCCCUCAAUGUGCAUACCUGGAGAUGAGAACAACCCCCCGUGCUACUGAGUCGAUGGACAGGCGUGGCUAUCUGCUGGCAGUGCUCGAGGAAGUCGAAAAAUAUCCAGCAGACAAGGCUGCUUUGAUAGUUAGCACGGACCGACGCAUGGACGAGACGAUCGUGGAAGAAUGUAUUAACCUGGCCAUCACACUGAAGGAAGAAGGGCGGAGGGUCGUCGGUAUUGACCUCUGUGGUGAUCCGCGGGCCGGGGAACUCCAGCGGUUCGUCAAACACUUCCAAAAUGCCAAGGCGUCGGGACUGGGUGUAACUGUCCAUAUCGCCGAAACAGUUGACAAUCCCACUUCCGAGACCGAUAAUCUGCUUCGCGCGUUUGCACCGUCGAGGCUAGGCCACGCAACGUUUCUCGACGAAGAGGCCAUGAAGAUAGUGUUCGAGAAAGAUAUAGCCGUUGAGCUUUGCCUCACAAGCAACCUUCUGUAA